CGCCCCCUCGAUCCCCCAGCCCGGGCACCUCGUGAUGUCACAGCGCCUUUGAUACAAAGAGCCCUUCGGCCCACGCGGGUCUCCCGGCAACGGGCGCGGGUGGGGGUGGGGCCGGCACUCUCGAGCGGUGCCGAACCGUGCGAGCGGCCGCGGCGCGAAGGGGACUGUCCCUGACCCCUCCGCGCUGUCCGCCGCCUCCCUGCCCGCCCGCUUCUCGCCCCUCCGCAGCGCACCGACCGCGGCCAGACUGGGGAUGCGCACCCCGCCCGCCCGCGGUGGCCAGGGCAGCGAGGUGCCAGACCCCACCUUUGCUGAUGGCGAGCUCCUCCCCAGGGAUCCCGGCUUCUUUCCCGACGAGGAGGAGGCUAUGUCUCUGGCCCCACCCGAGGGCCCCCCGGAGUCAGACAUGGAUAGCCCCAUGGACAGCACCCAGAGCUUGGAGGGGUUGGUCGGGAAUCCUGCCGAGGAGAAAGAUGGGGGCCUCAGGGGCCUGUUCCUGCCAGAGGACAAGUCCCUGGUCCACACUCCGUCCAUGACAACGUCCGACCUCUCCACACACUCCACCACCUCGCUCAUCAGCAACGAGGAGCAGUUUGAAGACUAUGGGGAGGGGGAUGACGUGGACUGUGCCCCCAGCAGCCCCUGCCCCGACGACGAGACCAGGACCAACGUCUACUCGGACCUGGGGUCUUCAGUGUCUUCCAGCGCGGGGCAGACCCCUAGGAAGAUGCGGCACGUAUACAACAGCGAACUGCUGGACGUUUAUUGCUCCCAGUGCUGCAAGAAGAUCAACCUGCUGAACGACCUGGAGGCCCGACUGAAAAACCUGAAGGCCAACAGCCCCAACCGAAAGAUCUCCAGCACGGCCUUCGGACGCCAGCUGUGCCUCCCCCGUCCCUGCAGGCAGCUCAUGCACAGCAGCAACUUUAGCAGCAGUAAUGGCAGCACUGAGGACCUGUUCCGGGACAGCAUUGACUCCUGUGACAAUGACAUCACAGAGAAGGUGAGCUUCCUGGAAAAAAAGGUGACAGAGCUGGAGAAUGACAGCCUGACCAAUGGGGACCUGAAGAGCAAGCUGAAGCAGGAGAACACCCAGCUAGUGCACAGGGUGCACGAGCUGGAGGAGAUGGUGAAGGAUCAGGAGACCAUGGCCGAGCAGGCGCUGGAGGAGGAGGCGCGGCGGCACCGUGAGGCCUACAGCAAGCUGGAGCGCGAGAAGAGCACCGAGAUCGAGCUGCUCAACACCAGAGUGCAGCAAUUAGAGGAAGAAAAUACCGAGCUUAGAACAACAGUGACUCGGCUCAAGUCGCAAACAGAGAAACUGGAUGAGGAGCGGCAGCGCAUGUCCGACCGUUUGGAAGACACCAGCCUGCGGCUCAAGGACGAGAUGGACCUGUACAAGCGCAUGAUGGACAAGCUGCGGCAGAACCGCCUCGAGUUCCAAAAGGAACGGGAGGCCACGCAGGAGCUCAUUGAAGACCUGCGGAAGGAGCUGGAGCACCUGCAGAUGUACAAGCUGGACUGCGAGCGGCCGGGCAGGGGCCGCAGCUCAUCCUCUGGCCUGGGCGAGUUCAAUGCCAGGGCCCGCGAGGUGGAGCUGGAGCAUGAAGUCAAGCGGCUCAAGCAGGAGAAUCAUAAGCUGCGGGAUCAGAACGACGACUUGAACGGACAGAUCUUGAGUCUGAGCCUCUACGAAGCCAAGAACCUCUUCGCCACUCAGACCAAAGCCCAGUGUCUGGCUGCGGAAAUAGACACAGCGUCUCGCGAUGAGCUCAUGGAAGCCCUGAAGGAGCAGGAGGAGAUCAACUUCCGGCUGAGGCAGUACAUGGACAAGAUUAUCCUUGCCAUCCUGGACCACAACCCCUCCAUCCUCGAGAUCAAACACUGAGACAAGGGGGCCAGCUGCAGAGUGGCCUCAGGACCCCCAGACCCCUCCCGGACCCCAGGACCAAGGGGCACACCCUGCCUGCAGAUGUGGCCCAGGCCGGGCCUCACGUGCACACUGUAAACGUAUCUCUAGCCACCGUGUAACGUGUACUGGUGUGUAUGUGGGGAGGCCUUGCACACAGCAAGGGGUGAGCAUGGCGCCGUGGCUGUAGGGGACGUCUGCACGGUUCGCUGUCCAUGCACUUUGUGGUCCCUUUGCAGGGGGCAGAGGGUCCUGGAGUUGGGAGGGAGCCAGGUGUGCUAUCAGGAGUUACUUUAAUAACAAGAACUGGAAGCGUGUGUUUCA